CCGUCGCUUGCCGCGCCCCACCACGCUUGUCCUGCCAGCCUUCCUGUGACGCCCUUGCUUGUGAUCGCGCUUGGUUUGUUGGCUGCCGUGGUUGGUUGUUGGGGUUGGUCGAAUGAGGAUGAGCACGGCGGCAGCGGCGACAGGGGUCGUCGUUGUUCGUCUCCUCGUCACGCUCGUGGCAUUGGGUGGGGUUGGUGUGGCCGCUUCGGGUGGCGUGCUUCAGACAACGGCGGUGCCAUCCUCGCAGCACGCGGAGUGUGCCAGUCUUAGCGUUGCGGUCCUGGAUCAAGCAACAUGGCUGCUUGAGAUACACCAGUUUGAAGGAUUUCUCAACAGUACCGCCGUGCUCAUCCGCGAACACCUUUCUGCCGACACUGUUGACGAGCUCUCGCAGUACCUCGCUCAGUUCGUCCGCUUCUACGAUGAGCACGAGCUUGAGCUGCCGUGGAGGUUGUUACCGUCGGAGCAGGUCGUUCCAGUCUGCAGCAAGCUCUUCGACAACACAUCAGCCUGUGUGGACCUGACACGCCAUGGAUAUGAUGUGUGCGCCGACGCGCUCCAAUUGCCCGUCUCGACCGAUGCGGUCAUGCGCAGCUUCAGCUUCGACACGGCGCUGUUUCCCGAGACCCCAUGCUGCCAUAUCCAGCCGGUGACACUGCCCAAGCUCAACCCGGUUCUCGACAACACACACGUCACCACAGACGAUAUUGUGCUUACUUGGUCUGUCCCUUUCAUCCCGUCAAACACACCAGACGUUGUGACUGGCGUUCGGCUCGAGCUGCACACGGGUGACGCGUGCGAUCUGUGCGAGGAAUCGCUGUUGCAGGCGGUUGAUGUCGGCGACACGACGCUCCACUCGUCUCCAUCACAUUACACCUCGUUCGUCGGCCUCAAACCCGCCACGCAAUACUGGAUCAAGCUCGUGUCUGUCGGUGUUUACUUUGACUACAUCACCACGACGACGAUCACCACACACAUCGAGCGGCCGACGGCGCCGCCGGUCGUGGCCCGCGCCCUCCCGCUCUCAAGCUCAGAACUCGUCAUCAUCAUCCAGGCGCCGCACGUUGGGGAGCUGCUCCGUGUGCACCGGUCUGCUGUUGAUCAGUACGGCAACAUCGCCACCAACGCCACCGUCGCCAUCUCACACACCAGCGCCGCUGCAUCCGCCCGCACCGCACAGCAGCCAGCCAGGAUGCCUGAUGUGCUGUAUGCGGGCACGGUUGGUGCGGCGACGCAGCUGCGUGUUGCCCUAUUUGAUCUCCUGCCGUCGCACUGCUACACCGUGGCCAUAUCUGUGGCCAACGCCGCCGGGUUCAGCCCACCCGUCAGCGCUCCUACCAUCUGCACCCUCGCCACCGCUCCACAGCAGCCAGAGCCGCCGCGAUUGCGGACGGUGGACAGCGGCGGGGAGUGGCAGGUCGACGUGCAGUGGGAGCGCGCCACUGGUGCCCCCGGCGCGAGCGAGUGGAGUGAGCCUGCCUCCAUCGCCAUCCCAUGGGCGGUUGCGCCCGUGCCUGCCUCGUCGUCAUCGUCGUCCUCAACACCAACGGGCGUCAUCAUUGGCGCCGUCCUGGCCACAGUCGCCAUCACCGCCAUCAUCGUCAUCGUUGCCGUGUACACGCUGCUGCGCCGGCGCCGCGCAUCCGCCAUGUUCGCGUCUGCGUUUGCGUUUGAGUUUCCACUGGCGGACAAGUGGGAGGUGUCACGAUCGAAUGUGACACUCGGCGAUGAGAUUGGGCGGGGCGCGUUUGGCACCGUGUACAAGGGGGAGGGGCGACAUCUCACGCCGCAGCAGGGGGACGCGCCUAUCGACGUCGCCGUGAAGGUUUGCCGGCGGGACGUGAGCGGGACGGAGGAACUGUCGACGUUUCUCCGUGAAAUGGAACUCAUGAAGAAGUUCACAACCCCGCCCCAUCCAAACGUGAUCCGGCUGCUCGGCGUGGUGUCUCAGUCGUUCCCGCUGCUGAUUGUGACGGAAUUUGUUGAAUACGGCGACCUGAAGCAGUUUCUCGUGCAGUGCAGACCAAGCGGCUCCAACCAGACGAAGCACGUGCUGUACAAGAAGGACCUGCUGAGGAUGAGUGCUGACAUCGCUGCUGGCAUGAGCCACCUCGCCAGCAAACAUUUUGUGCACCGUGACCUGAGUGCGCGCAACUGCCUCGUGUCCAAGGACCUGGUGGUGCGAAUUGCCGACUUUGGCCUCUCCAAGAACGUGGAGCUCACCAACGGAUACUACCGCAAUGAGAAUGAGGCGUCCCUGCCCGUGCGCUGGCUCGCACCGGAGUGUCUGCUCGAUGGCAUGUUUUCCACCGACGGCGAUGUGUGGGCAUACGGCAUCACCCUGUGGGAGGUGUGGACUCUGGGCAACCUCCCAUACCCGGGCCUGUCCAACUCGGAGGUUGCCAACAAGGUGAUUCGCGGGUACAGGCUUAGCCAGCCGCCCGGGUGCCCCGAUGGCGUGUAUGCGCUCAUGAAGAAGUGUUGGUCCGACGCGCGGCCCACGUUUGGUGCGCUGGCGAAAGCGACGCGGGACCUGGUGGACUGCAUCACCGCGCACCCCGAUCACGCCGCCCUCCGCUCGUCCUCCGCCAGUCGCCGCUCCCCUUCUCCGCUCGUUCGCCUCGACUCGGCACUGACACCAGCGGUGGCAGCGACCAGCGCCACAACACAACCCGCGACGGGGCCAACAGCCUUGUCCAGUGCAGCGUCUGCAUCGUCGGCGACGCUGGCGGCCGGGACGACGGCGGUGGCUGCGGCGCUCAUGUCCACAUCAGAGCUUGGUGCUCGUCCGGGCACCGUCACGGGCACGGCGCGUCUUGCUGUGCCUGUCCCCGCUGUUCGGCAGUUGAAGCAGGGCCAGCGGCGGCGUCGCUCGCGUGCCAUAUCCGCACCAGAACGCAUGACCGCGGAGACGCGCCUGGACGCUACGGCCAGGCUCCUUGGCAGCAGCAGCAGUGGCGUUGGUGGUGGCGUGCUUGCAGGCAGCCCGCGCGCCAUGAGGCAGUCGAGGCAAGGGGGCGUGCCCGAGAACUCAUCGCCGACAGCGACGACAACAACGAACACGAGUGCAGCGUCGAGCAUGGCCGACUUGAUGGGCGAUGGAACACCCACGAACACGACGCCGCUUCCAAACCAAAUCAUCUCUGAUGGCGAUGGCUGUGAUUUGUUCGACGCUGAUGAUGGCCAUGGUUGCUACCAUUGUGUUGUUCACGAUGACGACGACGACGACGACGACGAUGAUGAUGAUGAUGGUGGUGGUGGUGGUGGUGGUUGCGGUGAAAUAAUCAUCCGGGCGCCCAGCACAGACAUCUCGACCGUGUCGCCGUCGCCGUCACAGGGCCGGUUUGCAGGGUACACGCGCCUAUCGCGCCACCAGUCGACCAGUGCUGACGGCAGGAAGGUUGUCUCGUUUGUGGAGAGCCAACCGCCGUUCCACGCCACUCCGCCACCAUCAUCCCUGUCCCUGGCACGUGGGAUGGCAGGCCGACACAUCAUGGCAGCCAAGGAGCAAGUGCAGCAACAACAACAACAACAACAACAACUACAACUACAACUACAACAACAACUACAACAACAACAACAACAACAACAACAACAACAACAACAACAACAACAACAACAGUACAUGUCGCUUACACCCGCGAGUCGUCGUGGCCGUGGUCGUGGUCGCAGUCGUGGGCGUGGCCACUCCGACAGCACCAACGGCCGUGGUGAUGGCGGUGACGUUGGUGUGGCUGACCAGCGGGUGCAUGUUGGCAGCCGCGCACACAGCCGCGUGGUGCCCCUUCAGUCAGAGUCGUUCACAAGCCAUGCUUCGAGUACGACAAGCGAUGGUGUUGCUGUUGGUGUUGGCACUACGGCACUUGCACGCAUUCACGGUGCUCCACAGCACAGUGAAGCGUUGACUCUGGCUGUUGAUCACAUGCCUGUCGUCGGGGUGACUGGCGACGCGGCUAAUGAUAGUGGCGACGGUGCUGAUGGUGGUGGUGGAGACGAUGAUUCUUCGCCGUUAAUAUUGGAGGAAGUGCGUGGUAGGCGGCGGUCGAGCGAUCUCUUGGGCGCGUUUCGCUUCUGACCAUCCUGCGGCUUUGAUGGAUGAGCGAGAACCACGUGGUCUCAGGCGAGUUACAUGUGACGACAGCCACGGACCGCGAGAGUGGCUGCUGGUCGGGUAUUGGUGUUUGGUGUGAUGGGAAUGCUAUGUUGCUGCUUUGCAUCGCAAGCUUGAGCGGCUGCUGUUCCGGGGUGUAGCUUGUGUCGUGUUGUGUGUGUAUGUGUGUGAGUGCCAAUGUUAAAAGCUUUUUCACGUUGCUGUCAGUUGUGUAUUCCCCACAAUGUCAUGUCACAAUGCUGCCAAUGACUGUUGCUGCUUUAAUCAACCUUAACAGCACCGCGUGGCUGGGUGUGGUAAUUGACCAUAAACACAAACAAACUC